AUGACUUCACUGCAGGCUGUCGAGCGAACAAUGUCGGAACUCAACCUGCUCGGACCCGACGGCUGGCCCGCCUGGACCCAGGUUCUCCAAAAGGCCCACAAGACCAAUUAUGGCCGCAGCGACGACCCCAUCUACUUGCACUUGGCGUCAAAGACAAGACUUGGAGCAGUGACUCUGCUAGCGGUUCAGUUUCAGGACUUUCUUCAGGAAGAUGGCAGGUACCUGCUCUUGCAGCUCUCUAUUACCGACCAGAAUCUGCUUUCGACCAUCCAAAGUAACCAAGUCGGUCAAUUGGCUUGGCAGAUGCCAAAGUCCCGCGAGUAUUUCCAUCUCACGGGCAAGUUUUACAUCUGCUCGGCACCCCGACAAGUGACUCGAUACUCCCCUCCAGUCCUGUCCCAUCUGGUCAACCAGAACAAUGCAGAGGAUUUGGCGGCACAGAGACAGGCGUCGAACCAAUUCUGGGAGAGCAAGCGGUUGGAGCAAUGGCGCAAAUUGCCCGCCAAGGCAAGAGCCUCGUACACGUGGCCCCAGGCCGGCAGUACUCCCAAAGGCCCUCCUUCGUCUUUUCAGUGCCUAGCUAUGGAGGAUAUGACUGCCACACUGACGUCAAACGCAGGAAACCGGGAUAGUGUGAUGUCGCAAGACUCGAACCCCAUGUCGUUGCCAUCCUCACCAUCAUCCGUCACCUCGUUCAGAUCUCGCUGGAACUUGACUGGAAGCAGCAACAACAAUAAUAACGCUGGUGGAGAAAUCUCGACCCCAACCUCACCCACCAGCAGCAUCAACGGCAACAAGAUCCGAAACGACAACCCAGCCAAGAUCUUGCACGAUAUUGCGUUCGACAACUUUUGUCUGUUGGUUUUCAAACCCCUGGAUAUCGUCCACUUUGAGUCUUCUCCUCUCCCUCCCAAAAGAACUAUCUAUACCACCGAUGCUGCAGGACAGUGGGCUGUAACCGAGGCGAACCCUUAA